GCUGUUCGCCGCGUCUCCGUAGGAUGUGCACUCCGUGUUGUAUUUCGCAGCUGGCCUGCUGCUGCGGCUCAGCAGCCUGCUCAUGCUGCUGUAACUGCUGCCCUAAGAUCAAGCAGUCCACGGCCACCAGAAUCAUGUACACACUCUUCCUUCUUUUGGUCACCGUCGUCUGUGUCGUCAUGAUGUCCCCCACAGUCGAAGAAGAAAUGAAAAAUAUCCCCUUUUAUAGUGAAUUGUGUGAGAAGAUGAAUGCAGGGAAGAACUGCAAGACCCUGGUUGGUUACUCUGCCGUCUACAAGGUGUGCUUUGGCAUGGCCUGUUUCUUCUUCAUCUUCUCCAUCUUCACAAUAGGCGUCAAUAACAGUACCGGCUGGAGGGCGGCCAUACAUAACGGGUUCUGGUUGCCAAAAUUCAUGUUGCUUGUGGCUAGCUGUGCAGCAGGCUUCUUCAUUCCACAAGAGGAAAUGUUUCUGGAAGUGUGGCGCUAUAUCGGAGCUGCUGGCGGCUUCCUCUUCCUGUUGAUCCAGCUCAUGCUGCUGGUGGAGUUUGCCCACAGAUGGAACACAAACUGGAGCUCAGGAGUGAAGUAUAACCGUUUGUGGUAUGCCGCGCUGGCCUUGGUGACUCUGGUGCUGUUCAGCAUUGCGGUGGGAGCUGUGAUCUUCAUGGGUCUGUACUACACCCACCCUGGGGCAUGUCGUCUCAACAAGAUCUUCUUGGGCAUCAAUGGCACCCUCUGCCUCCUCGUUUCUCUGCUUGCCAUCUCCCCCAUCAUACAGAAACUCCAGCCGAAAUCUGGCCUGCUCCAACCGGGAGUUAUCAGUGUGUAUGUCAUGUACCUCACCUUCUCAGCCUUCUCCAGCAAACCAACAGAAAUGGUGGAGAAAGAUGGCGUAAACACAACCGUGUGUGUCUUUCCCUUCAAAUCUGGGAAGGAAAGUGACAAGAAGAUCGUCAAAGCUUUGGGAGCCGUGAUCCUGUUUGGCUGCAUCCUUUACUCCUGCUUGACCUCCACAAUCAAGCGAAGGUCUGCGGCGCUCAGAGUGAUCAGAAACAGUGAACCGGAGACCGAAAGAGCACGUUGCUGCUUCUGCUUUGGAGAUGACACUGAUGACUGUGAAGAAGAGAAGACUGGUGCAGGCCAAAACGUGGUGUAUGACGAGAGCGAGGCCACCAACUACAGCUACAAAUGUUUCCACUUUGUCUACUUCCUGGGUUCCCUUUAUGUCAUGAUGACCAUAACAAACUGGUUCCACUACGACAACUACAGGAUUGAGAAGCUGUUGGACGGGAGCUGGUCAGUGUUCUGGAUCAAGAUCUCCUCCUCGUGGGUUUGUCUCCUGCUCUACAUGGGGACUCUCAUUGCUCCCGUCAUCUGCCCCAAGCGCUUUGAGGCCUAGAACACAAGACACCGCACUCACACUCGUGUCGGGUGACUUCCGGUGUUGAGAUGGCGCCUUUGAGGCUGAGCCAAGGGACCAGUGACCUUUUUUUUCUUCCCCCCUUUCACCACUGACCUCUGUUAUCUUUGGAACUGGAGGAACAUCUGAUGCCUUUUAUGACGCAAGGUGCAAAAUGUUUUUGUUUACGUCAUUGAUACAUUGUUGGUAUUUUUGUUCCAAUUUCUUUUCAUUUCCAAUGACUGUCCCUGGACAUUUUGUAUUACAUUCUUGUUUAAAAGUCAUGCAGAUUCGAUUAGUUGUGGUCCAUGUGUCGAGACUUUAAUUUCCGCACCAUCCCUUCUGACUUUACAUUUGGCGGUUUUCCACAGUGUGAGUCUUGUAUUUGUUUCCCCUAAUUCGAGACAGUUGUGUCAUAAAUUUGUAGCAAAAAUAAUCCGACAAAUCAGUUUAGUGUGUGGGAGCUUUGUUAUACUGAAAAUAUUUUAGUUUGUAUGUUUGUUUUGAGUCCCUUUGUGAGGGAAUGUGUCAAAAGUGAGUUACAUUUAAAAAAUUGAUUUCUCAGGCUUACAUGCUUUGUUAUAUUGUGUGCCCUUUUGUAAAUGUUUUUAUGUGAGCAAAAGAAAAGCUCGCUAUUCUUUUGGGGUAUUUGAAGUUUUGUAAAUCUCAGUACUCCCUUCGAGCUAAAUCUUUUUGUGUAGAAAAAGAACCGUGUGUCCAGUUUAUUGAAGUGCUCAUCAUUGUUGUGUCAACUGUACAUUAACUGACUUAUUUUCUUUUUUUACUGUCGUAUUUAACAAUGACAGCAGUUAAUGAUGUUAUCACUAUAAAGCAUGCAGCUGUUUGCCAAAGUUAGAUGAUUGGAAAACAACUACUGAACUAACCUACAUGGAAAAUAUAUCAACUUGCAAUUGGGUUUGUGUUUCCGGCACAUUUUUAUGCAUCCGUUGAUACUUAAAAAAAAAACCUAAAAAACUUGGAGGUACUCAACACUGGAUGUUGAGUUAACGGAAAUCAGUCCAUUGUUUCUCACACACCACCAAUAUACCCCAUUGUUUUGCGAAACAAAUAUUUUUUAAUGACGUAUGUACAUUUUUGAUUACAUUGUAUUGUGCUAACAUUAACCAUUAAAGUGAUUUUUUUUU